ACGAAAAUUAUGAAAAAGUAAAACAAGAAUACACUAUAUUGUAGUUAAUAAAUGAUAAAUCUAUUGUAAAAAUUAUUGAUUUUAAAAAAACUGCACAGAACUAUUAUUUAAUAUUUGAAUAUUGUCAAAAUGGCGACCUAUAAUCAUAUAUAAAUAAAUAUUAUAAUGGAAAGAUAGAUGAGUCUUUAGUUUAACAAAUAAUAUUUCAAAUUAGAAAUGCAUUUGAAAUUCUAAGGAAACAUAAAAUUGUACACAGGGAUUUAAAAUUAGCAAAUAUUUUAGUAGAUUUUGAUUUUACUAUUAAAUUAGCAGAUUUUGGUUUCGCUAAAUAUCUCGAAAAAGAAGAUAUUUAUAUGAAUUCUUUUAUUGGUACUCCUAUAACUAUGGCACCUGAGGUUCUUUUUGGGAAAAAGUAUAAUGAGAAAUGUGAUAUUUGGAGUAUAGGAGUAAUUAUAUAUUAAUUAAUUUUUGGAAAAAAUCCAUUUUGUGCAAAAAAAAGUACUUCAAUAUUAGAGCUUGUCCAUGAGAUAAAAUAAUUUAGGCUUGAUUUUACUGCUUCUGAAGUAAAUAUUUCAUCCUAACUUUAGAAUUUAUUAUAAAAUAUGCUUUCUAAAGAUCCCAAUUAACGGAUCGGCUUCAAAGAGUUUUUUGAAAAUGAAUGGGUGAGUGGAAAAACAGGUAUUAAAGGAGAUGUUUUACAAAAGUCAUUAUAUGAUGUGAAGAAAAAUAAUUAAACUUAAUCUAUUUUAGGAGAAAUACAAUAAAAUAACAUACUAAAAAUGGCUUUUUCAUUAAGAAAAUAUUACGAAAAGAGAAUUUUUAGUUUUUUGGCUCAUUGUAAUUCCUUAUUGGAAACAUAUGAGAAAUCUUAUAAGACUAAAUUAUAUAAAGAAAAUGAGAAUUAUAAAAAAUUAGUGUUUUUGAGUGCUUUUAUAAUAUAUAAAAGAUUAAAUGAGUUUAUAAAUGAGAAAAUUUAUGUCGAAAUAAAGAAUGAAAAGUAUUGUUUGGAAAAUAUGAGGAUUUUUCUGCUUUGUUUUUAGAAAAAGGGAAAAAAGAUGCAAAUAAUUUAAUACAUAUAUUGA